CUCUCUCUGGACUUCUACUUCUCGCAAUGGCCGAAACAAAAAGGAGCAAGACCCCAAAGGAUUUUGCAGUCGACUUCUUGAUGGGCGGUGUCUCUGCCGCCGUCUCGAAGACGUCUGCUGCACCCAUCGAACGGAUCAAACUCCUGGUCCAGAAUCAGGAUGAGAUGAUCAAGCAGGGUCGUCUUGCCACCCCAUACAAGGGCAUUGUCGACUGCUUUGCCCGCACAUACCGCGAUGAGGGCCUCCUCUCCCUCUGGCGAGGAAAUACCGCGAACGUCGUCCGGUACUUCCCUACCCAGGCCCUGAACUUCGCGUUCAAGGACUACUUCAAGUCAUUAUUCGGCUUCAAGAAGUCCGAGGGCUACUGGAAAUGGUUCGCUGGCAACGUCGCGUCUGGUGCCGGCGCCGGUGCAUCCUCCCUCCUCUUCGUUUACUCCCUUGACUAUGCUCGUACACGUCUUGCAAACGACGCAAAGUCGGCGAAGGGCGGUGGAGAGCGCCAGUUCAACGGCCUGGUUGAUGUCUACAAGAAAACGCUCCGCUCCGACGGUCUUGCGGGUCUCUACCGUGGCUUCGUCCCCUCGGUCUGCGGUAUUGUCGUGUAUCGUGGUCUCUACUUCGGUGUCUACGACUCACUCAAGCCUGUCGUUCUGGUCGGUGCUUUCGAGGGCUCCUUCCUUGCCUCGUUCAUGCUCGGCUGGGGUGUCACUAACCUCGCUGGUCUUGCGUCGUACCCGCUGGACACGAUUCGUCGUCGCAUGAUGAUGACGUCUGGCUCCACGACGCACUACAAGUCCAUGUUCGACGCUGGUUCGCAGAUUGUCGCCAAGGAGGGUAUCAAGUCGCUCUUCAAGGGUGCUGGCGCGAAUAUCCUCCGUGGUGUCGCGGGUGCUGGUGUACUCUCCCUGUACGACAAGUUCCAGGAGAUCCUCUUCGGCAAGGUCUACUCCGGAGGCUCUGGCUGAGCGGAGGGACUAGUGGGUUUACAGCUGAUGUUUUGGUUAUUAUUUAUCUCCUAUGUGAUACUGAUCUUAGAGCCUCUGGGCGUACUUUACUCACGGGUUCUAACGCGAUACCGGAUGUAUUAUCUCUUAAGGUGGUAUACAAAAUACAGAUUACCCCAUACGAUA